AUGGGGGGCGAUGCUGAGCCUGAGCCUGACGACGCGGUGCUCUUCGUUGGGGUGUCGCUGGUGCUGGGCAUCGCCUCCCGCCACCUCCUCCGCGGGACCCGCGUCCCCUACACCGUCGCCCUUCUCGUCCUCGGAGUCGCGCUUGGAUCCCUCGAAUACGGAACACAACAUGGUCUAGGCAAACUUGGAGCUGGAAUUCGUAUCUGGGCUAACAUAAACCCUGAUCUUCUGCUGGCUGUUUUUUUACCUGCCCUCCUCUUUGAAAGCUCCUUCUCCAUGGAAGUACACCAAAUAAAGAGAUGUAUGGCACAGAUGGUGUUACUUGCUGGACCAGGUGUGGUAAUAUCAACAGUUUUACUUGGCGCUGCCGUAAAGCUCACUUUUCCUUACAACUGGAGCUGGAAAACAUCAUUGUUGCUUGGCGGACUGCUUAGUGCAACUGAUCCAGUUGCUGUGGUUGCACUGCUAAAAGAACUCGGAGCAAGUAAAAAGCUUAGUACAAUCAUUGAGGGUGAAUCCUUAAUGAAUGAUGGGACCGCUAUUGUUGUCUAUCAGUUAUUCUAUCGAAUGGUGCUUGGAAGAACCUUUGAUGCUGGCUCAAUAAUAAAGUUCUUGUCUGAAGUUUCACUUGGAGCUGUUGCUCUGGGCCUUGCAUUUGGAAUCGUGUCAAUACUGUGGUUGGGCUUUAUUUUUAACGAUACAAUCAUAGAGAUUGCACUUACUCUUGCUGUCAGCUAUAUAGCUUUCUUCACUGCUCAAGACUCACUGGAGGUCUCUGGUGUUUUGACCGUCAUGACACUGGGAAUGUUCUAUGCAGCUUUUGCAAAAACUGCUUUCAAGGGUGAAAGUCAGCAAAGUUUACACCAUUUCUGGGAAAUGGUUGCUUACAUUGCAAACACACUUAUUUUUAUACUGAGUGGGGUUGUUAUUGCAGAUGGCGUUCUACAAAAUAAUGCCCACUUUGAGAAGCACGGCAGUUCAUGGGGCUUCCUUCUGCUGCUCUAUGUCUUUGUACAAAUAUCUCGACUUAUAGUUGUUGGUGUUUUGCACCCAUUGUUGCGUCACUUUGGGUAUGGGUUGGACUGGAAAGAGGCCAUGAUUCUUGUUUGGUCAGGGCUGCGAGGGGCUGUUGCUCUGUCACUAUCAUUAUCUGUUAAGCGUACCAGCGAUGCAGUUCAACCUUACCUUAAACCAGAAGUUGGAACAAUGUUUGUGUUCUUCACUGGUGGCAUCGUGUUUCUGACAUUGAUUUUUAAUGGCUCAACCACACAAUUUUUGCUACAUAUGCUCGGCAUGGACAAAUUGUCGGCCACAAAGCUUCGAAUAUUGAAAUAUACAAGAUAUGAAAUGCUAAACAAAGCAUUAGAGGCUUUUGGUGAGCUAAGGGAUGACGAGGAACUUGGACCUGCUGACUGGAUUACUGUAAAGAAAUAUAUUACAUGUUUGAAUGACCUAGACAAUGAGCCAGAGCAUCCCCAUGAUGUCGGUGGCAAAGAUGACCGCAUGCUUAUCAUGAACUUAACAGAUAUCCGAGUGCGGCUUUUGAAUGGUGUGCAAGCUGCUUACUGGGGAAUGCUUGAAGAAGGACGAAUAACUCAAGCUACAGCAAAUAUUCUGAUGAGAUCGGUUGAUGAAGCUAUGGAUCUUGUUUCCGGACAAACAUUAUGUGAUUGGAAAGGUUUAAAGUCUAAUGUCCAGUUCCCAAAUUAUUAUAGGUUCCUUCGGAUGAGUAGGUUACCACGAAAGCUUGUCACAUACUUCACUGUCGAAAGAUUAGAGUCUGGAUGUUACAUCUGUGCUGCAUUUCUUCGUGCUCACAGAAUCGCAAGGCGGCAGCUACAUGAUUUUCUUGGCGAUAGUGAGGUUGCAAGAACUGUUAUUGGUGAAAGUAACGCUGAGGGAGAGGAAGCUAGAAAAUUCUUGGAAGAUGUUCGAGUUACAUUCCCGCAGGUGCUACGAGUGCUAAAGACACGACAAGUCACAUAUUCUGUGCUGACACACUUGAGUGAGUAUAUUCAAAACCUCCAGAAGACUGGGCUGCUGGAAGAGAAGGAAAUGGUCCAGUUAGAUGAUGCUCUGCAGACAGACUUGAAGAAGUUGCAGAGGAAUCCACCAAUAGUGAAAAUGCCAAGAGUCAGUGACCUUCUGAACACUCAUCCUUUAGUUGGAGCGCUGCCUGCUGCUGUGCGUGAUCCUUUGCUAAGAAAUACAAAGGAAACCGUGCCAGGGCAGGGCACAGCGCUGUACAGGGAAGGCUCCAGGCCAACCGGUAUUUGGCUUGUUUCUAUUGGUGUAGUAAAGUGGACAAGUCAGAGAUUAAGCAGAAGGCAUUGCUUAGAUCCAAUUCUAUCACAUGGAAGCACUUUGGGUUUGUAUGAGGUGCUGAUUGGAAAGCCAUAUAUCUGUGACAUGACCACGGAUUCGGUGGCACACUGUUUCUUCGUCGAAACUGAAAAGAUAGAAGAGCUGCGCCAUUCAGAUCCUUCGAUUGAGGUUUUCCUGUGGCAGGAAAGCGCUCUGGUGCUUGCUAGGCUUUUGCUCCCUCGCAUAUUCGAGAAAAUGGGAAUGCAUGAGAUGAGGGUUCUCAUAGCUGAAAGGUCGACGAUGAACAUAUACAUGAAGGGAGAAGACACGGAAGUGGAGCAGAAUUGCAUUGGCAUUUUGCUGGAAGGAUUCUUGAAGACCGAGAACCUGACUCUAAUCACGCCUCCAGCGGUGCUUCUGCCAUCGAAUGCUGACUUGAGCUUAUUCGGUCUCGAGUCCUCAGACUACUGCCAUACCGCACGCAGGUACCAGGUGUAUGCUAGAGCGCGGAUCAUCUUCUUUGAGGAGGCAGAGGCCCAUCUCCAUCUUCACAGAAGUGCGUCGCGGCUGCUGCUGCCCCAAGGACAAGGAGGCCAUGAGCCAGCACGGAGCAUGAGCAAGGAGCACAGCGGCUUGCUCAGCUGGCCCGAGAGCUUCCGGAGGUCCCGUGGCAGCCUAGGCCUAGCUGCUGAGAUGCCGGGCGGCUUGUCUUCCAGGGCCCUGCAGCUGAGUAUGUACGGCAGCAUGGUGAGCCUCUCCUCCGGCCAGCAGGGUCACCGGCGGCUGAGGCGUCAUCGCGUGCAGGCGACGACGACAAACCAGAAGCACAGCUCCUCCUACCCAAGGAUGCCGUCCAAGGAGCGGCCUCUGCUCUCCGUGCAGUCGGAGGGCUCCAACAUGAAGGGAGUGGCAGCUCUACCUCUAAGAGACGCUGCUGAGGUUGCUGCCACCGCUCCUGCUCCGGUAGCCCAGCGGCAGCGACGGCGGAUGGCUAUGCACUUGCAGGAGGAAGACAACUCGAGCGACGACUCCGCCGGCGAAGAAGUCAUCGUCAGAGUUGACUCGCCCAGCAUGCUCUCUUUCCGUCAGUCCGACGCCGCGCCUCCGCCGCAGGACCAGUAG